GAGAAGCGCCGGCCGGCUUUGAGGAGCGAGCCAGAGGGAAGACCCCCUCCCAGGAUCUUUUCUCCCCGGCCUCGCCUCGGCCCGGCUCUUCCCUGCUCUCGCUAUCACCUCGGCCAUCAUGGAGCCCAACAGCCCCAAAAAGAUACAGUUCGCGGUGCCCUUAUUUCAGAGUCAGAUAGCACCUGAGGCGGCCGAACAGAUCCGGAAACGUAGGCCCACCCCGGCCUCCCUGGUGAUUCUGAACGAACACUCUUCCCCAGAAAUCGAUGAGAAGAUAGUCACCAGCUCACAAGGAGAAUCCCAGAAUGCAUCGCCUAAACAGAGGAAGCAGAGUGUGUACACUCCUCCUUCAGUGAAAGGGGUGAAGCACCUGAAGAACCAGAGCGACUCGGCUGUCCCGGAAGAAGAAGAGGGAGCGAAUGAAAGAGGAGGACCGUGGGACCACUAGUUCCAGAGCGGUGACCCAGUAGGUCCUUGGAAUAACUGGACUGGUAAUCUUUGACACCCAACCAAAGAACUCCAUCGCUUGACUUCCUGAACUCCGCCUCAGCAGACCACAGUAAAAGUCGAAAUCUUCCUCCUGGAAUUGUUCCUUGACUGGUAUUUAAAUCCAUGUGCAAUUUGUUCCUUAUAACCAAAGAAUAGAUGUUUAUUUUCCAGUAGUUUUUCCUCCCUCACAACUUAGAAAGGCCACCCGCAAACAUGUUCGUGAUUUUGUGUGACUACUGCCAGAGCUAGAGACCUGAUUUGCCCUUCUAAUGUGAUUCGCGUUCUAAGGUCAACUGUAAAUACAGUCGUACGGAUUUAAGAGAUACACAAUAAAUAAUCGAUCCAUUUAGACAAG